AGAGAGGAAGAGCGGCAAUAACAUGAAUCAAAGAGAAUUUUCGCCUACUCUUAAAAUCGUAUUUCUCUUAGCCAGCACAUAACCAGUUUGUUAAACAAAAUUAUCAACAGAUUCGGUUUAUUAAAGAAAAUUAUCAACAGAUUCAAGUUCAGUUUCAGCGUGAGAGCGUAAAUUUAAAAUAUAUUUUUUAAUUUUUAAGCACUUCGAUAAGCCCCAAAGUAUGCACUUAAAAAAAGGCCUUUGCGAAUAAUCGCUUUUCAUAGAAUGGUUACCAUAUAAAAGUUAUUAUUUAAAUAACUCGUUUUUAGGACAUUUAAUUGUUUGAAUUCCAUUUUUGCGGACGUAGUUAAUAUUCGACUUUACUUUCUUUAUAUUAAAGUUAAGGUUUGAUUCCAAUGUAGGUAUUAUUAGUUAACGUAUUGUGCAAAUGACUUUGCUAUCAAAACAGCUUUAGUAAAAUAUGCUUGAAGUGAAAAUAUUAUUCACCAGUGGAUCAAUGACUAAUAAACCUGUCAUCGGAUGACACAAUUCAUUACAUUCGUUUUUCGGCAAAUAAGCUUUUGGGAAUGCAUAAAAACUGUAUUAUUUUAGUCGGCAGCAUUAUCAAGAAUUAUAUAUAAAUAAAUAAAUAUGUAGAAGGUUAGAAGACCGAGCCCUGGAAUCAUUAACCCGCGACUCUGCAAUACGGACACUCGAAACGAGUAGUCGGCAAAUGAAGUGAAUCAUAAUCCCCUCGCACACACCCAUAACCAGGGAAGAGCAAAUAAUUGUGGUAAAUAUUUGGCAUAUUUGAGGAUUGCUUUUGGCAGUGCCUUUUGAUUCCACACUGCCCCUUUUUCCGCCUGAUCAAAUGCACAUGCAAAACCGAAAGGCAGAAACAAAUGCACGGCGUCGGCCAGACAAGUGAAUGAGCCAAGCAAAUGGGGCUGACAACCAGCGACCUUCUCGAUAUGGUUAGAAAUCGUUAAUUUUAGCCAAAUGAGUCAAAGUCAAAACGGGUAGCUAUGUGUGUAUGAUCGAUGGCAGAUCGAUGCCCGUGGACUGGGUAAUGCCGUUUUUUGGGACCGUGUAGUCCUUCGCGAAAUUCCCCAAGGGAACUAUACAGUGUCUUCCUUAUAAGGCACUUAAUUUGUCAACCACACUAUACGGUAAAAAUAAAUGUAUCGAUACAAUAUACAUAUGUAGACAAUCAGAGCUUAAAAACAUUCUAUGUUUGCUAUGUUUGUUCAAUUGUUUUUUUCUUGCUAACGAAAAUAACUUUUUCGCAUUUGUGAUAAUAUUUGACUUGCCAAAAAUGAAAAGUAUAAAUUCGCGAAAUCUUGGCACCAGAUUAUCACUGCAGAUACAAAGUUACCAAAAUGAAGUUAUUCGCCGUUCUUGUCCUCUUGUGCGCUAUUGUAGGAUUUACAGUGGCCUCAACCUCUAUAGAAUAUGACGAGACAACUACCGAACAGGCUGCCACGACCACCACUACCCUAGCUCCCCCGGCACAACCUCCAUGUGGAAGCGGACCCCAAGGACCCUGUGGACAGGUCCCUCCCCAAUUGCCGCCCUGCGUGGGAGGUCCUGGUGGACUUUGCGGCAAGAAACUGUACUUCUUCUACUAAAUGAAUUCUUACUAAGCUAAUUGUUCUGAAGUAAUAAAGUAUAAAAAGUUCUAGACCCAUCAA